AUGGGCAUCCAGUCUCUACUCUUGGUCACGGCGCUGGUCGUCUCGCUGGCCACAACCUCUUUGGCGGAGUCAGCCUGGCACGGCCGCGUAACCCCCGGAUCCACCGAGCCUUCUAGGUUCACCCCCUACUACGUACCUCCUGGAGCAAAGAGCUACGACUCGUCUUCGCCUCUCUUACACUUUACUGGUGCCUGGUCCGAGACCUUCUCUUCAGCGUAUAUCGGCAAGAGUAUCCGCUCAACCUCGGCGCGUGAUGCAGCGAUAACCUUCAGUUUCACUGGCACCGGUAUAGAAUGGUUCGGCAAUCUCGACAAGAAACACGGUAUCUCCAAGGUCUUCCUGGAUGGCGAGCUCAUACAACUCGUGGACACCUAUAGCACCGUCGCGAUGAAGCAGCAGCGAGUGUUCUGGACUUACGGCCUCCCGCAGCGCAAGCAUACGCUCAAGAUCCUCAACACUGGUAGCAAGAGAGACGCGUCGAAGGGCACCGUGGUGGACGUCGACGCCCUAGUGGUCACCCGCAGCGCACCUACCCACAGAGGUCAUCGGCGGAACUCGUCGUCUUCCGCACGGAAACACGCUGCGGAUCUGCCUCUGCUCGACUUGUCUCCCAGAGCCGGGGCCUCGGACGACUGGACUUUGGUGCAGAAGGGUUCCACUGGCGUUCACGCUAUGCAGUUCGCUAUCAUCUCGGAGUCUCAUGCGAUCGUCAUCGAUAAGGUGGAGCACAAUCCUCUUACAGUCUCUGGGCAUCCGGCAUGGGGCGCCCUCUACAACCUUGAGACGCACGCGGUGAAACCCUUGUCUAUGAAGUCCAACUCUUUCUGCGCAGGCGGCAGCUUCCUUGGGAACGGUACGCUGGCGAACGUUGGCGGGAACCCGGUCGUCGAGGACAAAACUUCAGCAGCAGACUUUGGCGAUGUCGGCGGACUCCAGGCAAUACGUCUCUUCCACCCCUGCGAACUCCAGGACGUCACAGGAUGCGACAUCUUCGAGGACCACGAACACGUACGCAUGGCAAGCCCGCGCUGGUACAGCACGACUCUCCGGAUCUCGGACGGCAGCCUCAUGAUCAUCGGAGGCUCGCGCAAAGGUGGAUGGAUCAACAACGGUACGACCAACAACCCCACCCUCGAGUACUUUCCGCCCAAGAACAUCCACAACUCCAACGGGUUGCCAAUCCAUAUGCCCUUCCUCGUCGACACGCUGAACUCCAACCUCUUCCCCCAUGCCUUCCUGCUGCCUGACGGGUCUGUCUUUGUUGCUGCCAACCGGGACGCCAUGAUAUACAACUGGAAGACCAACGCCGAACGGAGGCUGCCUAGACUUCCAAACGGUGUCCGCGUCACCUACCCGAUGGCUGGCACCGCUCUUCUGCUCCCUCUCUCUCCUGAGAAUGACUACACGCCCGAGGUCCUCAUCUGUGGCGGCUCUACGAUUGACGACACCAAACCAGGCUUCCAGAUCUCUUCACAGGAUCCCGCUUCGACCCAGUGCGCGCGCAUGAUCCUCACGGACGAAGAGAUCGCCAAGGGCUGGCAAGUCGAGCAGAUGCCCGAAGCACGCCUCAUGCCUGACGCCGUCCUCCUCCCCACCGGCGAGGUCCUCAUUGUGAACGGCGCGGGCUCCGGUAUCUCCGGCUACGGCAAUGUCGUCGACCAGGUGGGCUUCUCCAACGCGGACCGCCCCGUGCUCUCCCCGGUCCUCUACGACACCUACGGCACAUUCGGACGGCGGUUCUCUUCACGCGGCAUGCCGACGAGCAACAUCCCGAGGAUGUACCAUUCCGUCGCGACACUGACGCCAAAGGGCGGCGUGAUGAUCGCGGGGAGCAACCCGAACCUGGACAGAAGCGAGCUCAAGUACGGCACGGAGUAUCGUGUCGAGUGGUUAGGCCCGUCUUACAUGAAGAAGGAGCGCCCAGAAAUACUCGCCAAGGUCCCUAGGCUCUUCGGUUUCGGCAGCACGAUGGAGGUCAAAGUCCGCCUUCCGAACCUGCGUCCCGACACAGAAAUUAGAGUCGCCUUGAUGGACCUUGGAUUCGUGACGCACGCCGUGCACGCCAACUCUCGUUUGGUCUACUUGAAGUUCUCUCUGUCGGACGACAGGACAAAACUGAAGAUUACCGGCCCGCCACACGGCAACAUCUAUCCGCCUGGUCCGGGCUUUAUCUACGUGGUAGCGGAUGGCGUGCCAAGCGUCGGAGUCAGACUACUUGUCGGAGACGGACGUAGUCCACCUGUCGACAGAGCCGCCAUCAACAAUGUCUUGCAACAAACUAGCGCAGAUGAGAACGAACAGACAUAG